ACAUCCCCCCUCAAGCUGAACUCUGGCUAAAGCAAGAGGAAGCUUGGACACUAGCUGGAAAUUGGUAACUUUGAGAAGAGAGAAGUCUGACAUGCUCCGGUGGCUACUCACGUCGUAAGAGAAGAGAGAAGUGUGACGCGCGCCGGUGGCUGCUGACGUCGUUGGAGAAGAGAGAAGCCUGACGUGCACUGGUAGCUGCUAACGUCGUUGGAGAAGAGAGAAAUUGACGUGCGCUAGUAGCUGCUGACGUCGAUGAAGAAGAGAGAAGGUUAACGUGCGCUUAAAAUUUCUUGCGAGUAUUUAUUUAUGAGUAAGAGUUACGGAGUACUGUAUUUAUCUUAAAAAUAAAAAAAAAAAAGUCUAAAACCCCCCAAUGGGGAGAUGGCUUUGGACCAGGUCUCACAUCUCUUCUGCACUAUUCAUCAUCCUCAAAGAUUUCAAACCUUUUGUUCUUCGUGCUCCAGCAGCCACUGGGGAACUCUUUGAACCCCCACUUGGGAGCAUUUGAAUCUGCCGAAUAAACUCCAAAGCUCGAGUCUUUUUUAUCUGGGUUCUUCCAUCUUCUUCAUGUAUAUGGUUCUCUCUUCUCUGCACUCAGAUUCGUCUUGAUUUAUCUUUUUUCUCCCCAUCAUAUUUCUUGAUUAUUUGCACUUGGUGUUCUUGUUUUGAUGAUUCGGGCUGUGUAUAUUUCCCUUUUUUUGUUGAACCCAAUUGGGUAAGAUGCCGUUUUGGUUCUUGGGUUUGAAUCUUUAUUGGCAAGUAUAGAACUAAGAGUUAAGAUUGAGGGAGUUUGACUUGUAUAUCUGCUUGAUCCGGGCAGAAGCCUGUUCAACAUUUAUGAGAUCUCUGUGAAUAUUUGGGAAUAGUUCCCUUUUUUUUUCUCUCUGUAAGGGAUUUGGAGGUUUUGGAGUAGAUGGGGAAUACUUGUGUGGGGCCAAGAAUUUCCAAAAGUGGAUUUUUCCAAUCGGUUUCGGCUGCAAUGUGGCCUUCCCGAUCCACGGGUGACUCGUCUUCCACAGGUAAUGAGGACAGUGUCCGAACCGAAAAACAAGGUUCAGGGAAAGAGCCCGAGUCACCAAUGGAGUUUCAAAGCAAGCCACCAGAACGUAUGGCAAUGCCCAAAUCGGACCCGGUGGCCCCUUCGGGUCAAGAAAGAAAGGGCUCCGGUCAAGAACCCAAGUUGCCUGUGCCCGUGCAAAGUAAGUCCCAAGAAGACACGAUAAAGCCCAAGCCGGAGACGGAGGGGAAACAAAGGAAUAAUCCUGAGAAGCCGUUCCGUAUGAAGAGGGUACCGAGUGCAGGGCUAAGGACUGAGGUCCUACAAAAGAAAACUGGAAACUUGAAGGAGUUCUUCAGCAUUGGGAAGAAGUUAGGGCAGGGGCAGUUUGGGGUUACGUUUCUUUGCGUGGAGAAAGAAACAGGGAAGCAAUACGCCUGCAAGUCCAUAGCCAAGAGGAAGCUCUUGACAGAUGAAGAUGUGGAAGAUGUUAGAAGAGAGAUUCAGAUAAUGCACCACUUGCCAGGACACCCAAAUGUUAUAUCCAUUAAAGGGGCUUAUGAGGAUGCUGUCGCGGUUCAUGUUGUGAUGGAAUAUUGUGCAGGAGGGGAACUGUUUGAUAGGAUUACUCAGCGCGGACAUUACACUGAACAACAGGCAGCCGAGCUGACUAGGACCAUAGUUGGUGUUGUGGAAGCAUGCCAUUCGUUGGGGGUGAUGCACCGUGACUUGAAACCUGAAAAUUUUCUUUUUCUGGACAAGAAGGAAGAUUCAGUUCUCAAGACGAUCGACUUUGGGUUGUCUAUAUUCUUCAAACCAGGUGAAAAAGUUAGGGAUGUUGUUGGCAGUCCUUACUAUGUUGCACCAGAAGUUCUACGAAAGCGGUAUGGUCCGGAAGCUGAUGUUUGGAGUGCCGGCGUAAUAGUUUACAUUUUACUAAGUGGAGUCCCUCCUUUUUGGGCUGAAACCGAGAAAGCAAUAUUUGAAGAAGUGUUACAUGGUGAACUUGACUUCACAUCGGACCCAUGGCCUAGUAUAUCAGAUGGCGCUAAAGAUCUCGUUAGGAGAAUGCUGGAGCGGGACCCACGAAAGCGUUUGACUGCACAUGAAGUUCUAUGCCAUCCUUGGGUUCAAGUCGGCGGUGUUGCUCCAGACAAGCCUUUAGACUCUGCAGUUUUGAGUCGAAUGAAGCAAUUCUCUGCUAUGAACAAACUCAAGAAAAUGGCUUUGAGAAUCAUAGCAGAGAGCCUCUCCGAAGAAGAGAUUGCGGGUCUAAAAGAAAUGUUUAAGAUGAUAGAUGCAGACAACAGCGGGCAAAUCACUUUCGAGGAGCUUAAAGUUGGACUGAACAGAGUUGGUGCCAAUCUCAAUGAGUCUGAGAUCUAUGAUCUGAUGCAAGCUGCCGAUGUGGAUAACAGUGGGACCAUUGAUUACGGAGAGUUUGUAGCGGCAACUUUACAUCUCAACAAAAUUGAGAGAGAGGAUCAUCUGUUUGCUGCUUUCUCCUAUUUCGACAAGGAUGGAAGCGGCUAUAUCACUGCAGAUGAGCUUCAACAGGCCUGUGAAGAAUUUGGCAUCGAGGAUGCCCGUUUAGAAGACAUGAUCAGAGAAGCUGACCAAGACAACGAUGGAUGCAUAGAUUACAACGAAUUCGUGGCCAUGAUGCAGAAAGGAAAUCCAAUCAUGGGAACCGGGAAGAACGGCCCGGAGAAAACUUUCAGCAUCAGAUUUAGGGAGGCAAUAAGAGUGUAGUUUUUUUUGUUCCUUGUUUGGUCAUCUCUUAUGCUCCCUAUACACACAUAUAUAUCAACAAAUGUGAUUGUAUGUCGGGGUUGCAUAGAAUCUCAGGCAAACAAUUGUGUUUUGCUGUGUUCUUUUUCUUCUUCUUCUUCUUCCCAAUUUUUAAAAUUCUGUAUCUUCUUGUAUUUGCUUAAAUGCCUUUGGAUAUGGUCAAGAUUGCUUUGUUAUAUAUCUGUGUGUAGUUUUGUGAUGUUUAGUGUGUGUGUUUCUUUCUUAUUAAUGUUGAAUCUGAUGAUGUUAUAUUUGUAUUGUUUUUGAAAUAGCAAUGUUAAAUAUGGAGAACAUUCUUUAAUAAAGCUAGUGUUAUCCC